AUGGCUGCAUUGCAGAACAUGGCUGCUGCUAUGCAGGCCACCGUUGAGGCACUCGGGCAGCAGAUGAACAACAAUAAUCAUAAUGGGGGAAAUGGCGGAAACGGGACUCAAGGUCAAAUGACAUUGGCGACCUUCCUAAAGGUUAAUCCACCAAAGUUCAAGGGAACUACCAAUCUAACGGAAGCCGACACUUGGUUUCAAGCUAUGGAGCGAGCACUGCAAGCGCAGUUGGUACCCGAGGAACAAUGCGUCGAGUUUGCUACUUAUCUGCUCACCGGGAAAGCGUCACAUUGGUGGCAGGAAACCCGACGUCUCAUACAGCAGGGCGAUGAUCCUAUCACCUGGGAUACCUUCCAGGAGGAAUUCUACAAGAAGUACUUCCUGAACUCCGCUAGAACGGCCAAGGAACUUGAACUACUGCAACUGAAGCUGGGAACUAUGUCUGUAUCCGAGUAUACGGAUAAGUUUGAGGAGUUGUUCAGAUUCUCCCGCAUGUGUCAAGGAGCUCCGGGAGACUUCGAGGAGUGGAAAUGCAUGAAAUACGAAGGAGGGCUCCGAAGCGAAAUCUACAGCUCAGUAGGGCCUAUGGAGAUCAGGACCUUCUCUGUGUUGGUAAACAAGAGCAGAGUUGCCGAAGAGUGUGUGAAGAAGGCAGCUGCAAAAAGAAGAAGCCAGAGGGGAUCAUUCCCACUAAACCGAGGGAAGAGUUUCACUCCUAGAGGUCCACCCUUCAAGCGGGGAGGUUUUGCACCACAGAGGACUCAGGGUCAGAAUAACUUUAGAAGGCCCAACAACAACAACAACAACAAUGCUUCGGGGAGAAGAUUUGGGAAGUAG